CGUCGAAGAAAUAUGUUUGUUCAAACUAAUAAAUCAUCAAGACUCCCCUAGAUUAGGGCUCUCAUGAAGAGUUAUUCUGCAGUAACUAAGCGUUUCCAUACUGUCUGUAGGCUGUAUAUAAAAAGUGGACAACACGUGGAUGUAUUCACUGUUACGAACCGGCGUGUUUACUGAUUAGAGGCCGGCGUUAACGAGGAAAUCACAAUAUGAACUACCUGCCAGAUGACAACUCCAGGUACAAAGAUGUUGACUACUGGGAUGAAAGAUACAAGACAGAGCCGUGUUAUGACUGGUUGGGCUGCUUCUCCAAAUUCCAGCACCUUUUGGAAAACCACAUCAAGAAAGAAGACUCUAUUCUGAUACUUGGUUGUGGAAAUAGCAGUAUGAGUGGCGACAUGUACAGUGCCGGCUACCACUCCAUCACCAACAUGGACUACUCCUCAGUGUGCAUCAGUACAAUGAGUGCCAGGUACAGCGACUGCCCGGGUAUGACCUGGCACCAGAUGGACGUCAGCCAGCUCUCCUUCCCUGAUGCGUCUUUCGAUGUCAUCCUAGAGAAAGCCACGCUGGACUCCAUCAUGGUGGAAGAGAAGUCACCAUGGGAGGUGUCCCAUCAGACCGCCUGUUUCAUUCACAAGGCACUCGCAGAGAUUAGUCGCUGCUUGAAGCCUGGAGGACGGUUCGUCUCUGUAACCUUCGCCAACCCCCUCUUCCGGAAACGCCUCUAUGCUCGCACCAUGUACAACUGGUCAAUUAAGAAGUACAGUUAUGGAGAAGGCUUUCAGUAUUUUGUGUAUGUCAUGACCAAAGGAGAGGAGCUUAGCCAAGAAGAUGCAGCUUUGGAGAAAAAGCUACUGGAAGACGCCAAACCCCCACCUACCGCAGUCCACAACAAAAAUGAGGAUAAGGAAGACUACUUGUCUAAUAUUGACUUGUAAAAUAACUGGAUUAUCAAAAAGAGUCUUAGAAAUACAUAAUCCCUCAGAGAUCUGUAUGUAAGAUCUUUAUCGGAUAAUGACAUCAGAGAGUCAAAUUUCCCCACCCUCCCAAAUACAACAGAAAUUCCCUCUGUUACCCCAAAUUUUUGAAAUGUGUCAUUAUUAUGUGAUUUUUAUAAGAAUUAGCUUCAAUAUAUCUUUUGGACAUGUGUGAGGAAUGAUAAUAGUGGACUUUAUACUGGAUUUAGACUACACACCACCAGACAAAUAUAUACGUGUGUGUGUGGUGUGUGUGUGGUGUGUGUAUGUAUAUACACACCUCCGGCUAAAUAUGUAAACUGUAAAUUCACUUGAGAAAUUGUUAAGAUAAGACAACAAGAUGAGAAUGGCUGUGUUAAACUAAAGACUAUUUAAA